CCCGCCUCAGGCGGCCAAGCCCAUCACCAGUCCGCAGCCUGGGAGGCGUUCGCAGCUGUGCUCGCUCCGCGCUGGAGAAGGAGGAGCCCUUGACCCGGACUCCAAGGGAAGUAUGCAGACGAUCAAAUGUGUGGUUGUAGGAGAUGGGGCAGUAGGUAAGACCUGCCUGCUCAUCAGUUAUACAACAAAUGCCUUUCCUGAAGAGUAUAUACCCACUGUAUUUGACAACUAUAGUGCCCAGACAUCUGUGGAUGGCCAGACUGUCAGCCUCAACCUUUGGGACACAGCUGGCCAAGAGGAAUAUGACCGGCUGCGAACGCUCUCCUAUCCCCAGACCAAUAUCUUUGUUAUUUGUUUUUCCAUUGGCAAUCCAUCCUCUUAUGCCAACGUGAGGCAUAAGUGGCACCCAGAGGUCUCUCAUCACUGCCCAAAUGUACCCGUUCUGCUAGUUGGCACUAAAAGGGACCUUCGGAGUGACCUUGAGACAGUGAAGAAGCUGAAGGAACAGAGUCUGGUGCCAACAACUCCUCAGCAAGGCACUUCCCUUGCUAAGCAAGUGGGGGCUGUAAAGUAUCUGGAAUGUUCAGCUCUAAUGCAGGAUGGGGUACAUGAGGUAUUUUCAGAAGCUGUCCGAGCUGUGCUUUAUCCUGCUACAAAGAAGAACACCAAAAAGUGCGUCCUCUUAUAGCUUGUGAGAUGCUACUUGGGGACUGCGUCCAAGGAGGUAACAAGAGGUAAUUCCUCUGACAGCCCUUAAUAAUGCCAACAUGAGCCAUUUGUCUCUUCUGGAAACUCUAGACUUCAAUUUAUGUGACUUUUGGAGGACAAAGACAGACUAGCUGUACAUGGUUACUGUAAACUCCGUUCUGGUUUUGAGGAAAAUUGUGUGUGUGGGCGUGCGUGCGUGUGUGCGUGCAUGUGUGUGUGUGUGUGUGUGUGUGUGUGUGUGUGUGUGUCCCUGUUAAAGUUAUAAGAGGAGACAUCACCAAGUGCCGUUCUUUUUCUAUCCUGGCCAGACUGCAACUAAACACAGUAGUCAUGAUGCUUUCCUCUGUAGGCUUUUGCAUGUCUGUUUUAAAAUCAGUUUCUCUUUUGACAGUAUUUACCAUUGAGCAGAUUCUUCACAGAAGAACCCAUUUUUCCAGUGUUUAAGUAAUUGCCUUAAACUGUCUGACACAUUAAUUUUUAAAAACUGUGUUAUUUGUGAUUACUGGAUGUUCUCAAUGUUGAUGUAUUUUUCCACUUCUGGAGAUGAAACAUUUUCUUAAAAAUGUUAAAGCAGUAUUUCCUAAAUUUCUGUGAGAUGUAAUAGAUGUUCCUUUAAAAGACACAUCUGGGGGUCAAAUGUGUCAGAAAUCAAUGUUUUAAAUAAAGCUGAACAGGAUCUUCA